CACUGUUCGCACAUGGAUUGUGUGAACCAUCUUGAGCUUCAAAUCCAUCUAGCUCUCCUCCGCCUUGCCUAGUAACUGCUACGGUCGACGUUAUAACGCUUAUUUUUUUCUUUUUUGGACGGGUAUCAAUUUCUCGGUUGCUGUUAGGGUGAAGUUCGUUAAGUUGUGGACUAAAUAUUUGUUCAUAUAUCUUGAAACUUUGGUCAUCUUUUGGAAUAACAAUUUAUACGCUCGUCCUCCAUAGCAAUGGAGAAAAUGUCCAGACCUCUUCCUAACUCAACUUUCCUACCUCCAACCCAUGGCGUACUGAAAUCCCUUUUGGAAAAUCCAAUGAAGCUGCCAUUUCAUCAUGAAGAAGGUUUUGGAAAAGAGGAAAAGGAGAAAGAGAAAAAGUUGGACGAUGAAGGCAGCACUAACACUCCGCAGUCUGCUUUCCUGGGACCUACCCUGUGGGACAAGACCUUGCCUUACGAUGGGGACAGCUUUCAGCUGGAGUACAUGGACCUGGAGGAGUUCCUGUCAGAGAACGGCAUUCCGGCAAACUCUGCUCAGAAUGAACAGAACCUGCAACAGCAGCCCAGCGUCCAGGCAGCUCCGCCUACACCUCCAACACCGUCUGUGGUCAGCCUGAGCAGCCGUGCUGCCACCUCUGUUCACACAGCCAUGGUCCCCCAGAACUGUCUGCAGAGCCCCCCGGCCAGGGCAGUACUACCCUCAGCUGCCAGGAACACCCCCAGUCCCAUCGACCCGGAGUCGAUUCAGGUCCCUGUGGGUUACGAGCCCGACCCUGCAGACCUGGCUCUGUCAAGUGUGCCCGGACAGGAGAUGUUUGACCCCAGAAAACGGAAGUUUGCCCCCGAGGAGCUUAAACCACAGCCUAUGAUCAAAAAGGCACGCAAGGUCUUCAUCCCUGAAGAUCUCAAGGACGACAAGUACUGGGCCAGACGCAGAAAGAAUAAUGUAGCGGCUAAGAGGUCACGGGAUGCCAGGCGGUUGAAGGAAAACCAAAUUGCCAUCCGUGCCGGCUUCCUGGAGAAAGAGAACAGUGCGCUUCGCUCAGAGGUGGCCGACUUGAGGAAGGAGCUAGGCCGCACCAAGAAUAUUGUGGCUAAAUAUGAGGCACGCCAUGGGCCCCUGUAAUCCUCCCCUAAGCAACGCCAUAGCCCUCCCUCUCAUCCCCUCACCUAAGAGUUUGAAGGACAAUGUGCCUCCUUUUUCGGUGGCACUGCCCCACCCCCACCACACUUUCUCCCCGGUAGGUGAUGACCCUACUGUAUAUGAUUCUGUCAAUCAGAAUUAGAAUUCUGUCGCUGGCCUCUGUUAGCACCGUCUGUUUUCUCACUCACCCUUCAUAGACACACAUGUACAUAGUAUGCACACUUCUGUUCAAAGGUUUGUGGUCACUUAGAAAUAUCCUUGUUUUCGAAUGAAAAGAACAUUUUCUGUCCAUUAAAAUAACAUAGAAUUGAUCGGAAAUAC